AGCUCUCCAGUUGGAUUCCAAACUCUUCAUAGAGAUAAUGGGAAGCUUCAGGAGGGGGAAAGCCGACUGCGGGGACAUCGACAUAUUAAUAACUCGUCCAACGGAUGAUGGACGCACGCACUCGGGCAUCAUACGGCGUCUUCUGUGGAUAUUACACCGCAAGGAAAUCUUGACGGAAGACCUCUCCAUACCUGACGAUUUGGAUGAUUUAGAAUGUGUCUAUCGGGGCCUUUGUCGCAAAGACAAGGACAGCAGACGUCGAAGGAUAGAUUUUCUGACUGUCCCUUGGAAGUCGAGAGGCGCAGCACUCUUGUACUAUACGGGCGACGACAUCUUUAACCGUGCCAUGCGAUUGAAAGCCAAUGUCAUGGGAUACUCUCUGAACCAACGCGGGCUAUAUGCCGGCGUAGUCCGUGAUCCGAGUAAUCGCACGGUCAAGCUCAACGAAGGCAAUAUAAUCGCGUCGGAGACUGAAGAGGAGAUAUUCAGGAUUCUCGGGGUGCCGUGGCAAGAGCCGCAUGAGCGUGUCAGGAGUUGA